AUGACCUUGCUCGAAUUGCCCUCCGAACUUCUCAUUUCUGUCCUUCGUCACCUCGAUGGUCCCACUCUCGCCCGCAUCUCCCAAGUCAAUCGCUUUUUUCACACCGUCGUCACCACAUCCUCCAUCCUCACCUACCUCCAACACCUCCACGUCCACAAACUACAAGACAACGCUGCCUGUUCUCAUCUAAGCACUUCCGAGAAACUUGCUCUGUUGAAAAAGCAACAGUCUGCAUGGACACAUUGCAAACCAGACUUUGAACUCUCCGCGCCAAUCACCUUCCGCCCCGGCAGUGUCUACGAUCUUUCCGAUGGGAUCUAUCUCUUGGGUGAACACGGGAAACAGGUUCUGCGCUACAUGCAACUUCCGAGAACACCCGCCGACAAGAUCGUGUGGAAAGCGUUCAAACCGGUUGUUGAAGAGCCUACGGAUGUAAGAAUAAAAACAAUCGUAGAUUUCGCGAUCAACAUCCACGAACACGAUUUAAUUGCUCUCAUCACUUCGAUGAGGUAUCGCGGUGGACGUAUGUCCAAAUAUGAACUGAGCCUAUACCAGCUCUCGACUGGGAAACCCCACCCACUCGCAAAACAACCAGUAUUAGAGGUGAUGCGGGAAGAGUCCCAACUAGGUGCACCUGUUGUCAACUGCGAGAUAGUUGGAGACUAUCUCGCUCUCAUUGUCUCAUUCUGGUUCCCCAUCGGACCAUGUGAAGUCUUUGUAUGGAAUUGGAAAACCGGGAACGUAUUACUGAACAUGGAAGGCGAAUCCGGAUCAUACGCCGGAAUCGUCUUUCUAAGCAUUGACACAAUCCUCCUCCCAAACGUCCUCGAAAACAACCUCGAAAUAUGGCGCCUCCCCUCCCUCGACGGGACCCAAGAACAACCCACCGCUCCCAUCCUCACCCUCGGCCUCUUCCAAACCGCCAUGAAUUACAACGUCCGUUUCAUCUCCUGCCGAGCCGAACCCAACCCCGUCCCCCCCAACGCCAUUCUCAAAUCUGACGCACCCUUCCACCCCGCUCCAGAAGACGCGAUCGUGUUAUUGCAUUUCAGGAUCCACGGCAUGGGCCUCGUUUCACUCCUCACUGUCUUCGUCCAUCGGAGUUCGGUUCUGAAGAUCUCGGAAGAACCACACGAGCGAGAUGUGAUUGAUAGUGUGUCUUCGAUUCCGUGGGCGGAGUGGGCACCGAGGAUUACGUUUUGUCAUGAUUGUGGGGGGGAUAUGCCGUCUAGGUGGAUUACGACGACAUGUGGGCAGAGGUAUGUGCUUUUGACGUUGGAUGAUGAGGAUUUGGAUGAGGACAUGGAGGAGGAUGAUGGGUUGGAAAAGGUUCCGUCCAAGGUCCGAGUUUUGGAUUUUGCACCUGGGAAUGUAAGAUUGGCUGAGCUGCGCGGGGUCGGGGAUGAGGGUGAGGAUGAGUUGGUGGUUAGAAGAGGGCCGCAUUAUAUACCUACGGGGUCGCAGAAGUUGUUUGCGGAUGAUAUGGUGACGUAUCUUCCCUAUGUGGAGAGUCGGACGAAGAAAAAGUAUAUGUUUGAUGGGGCAUUGAUUGAUGAGGAGAGGAUUAUUGGGAUCAAGACUGAUAUUAUUGGACAUAUCACUGGGGUUGAAGUCAUUCAUUUUGGUUGA